AUGUCCACAUUUCAAGUUUUGCUGGCUCUCACAGCUCAAAAGGGUUGGUUCCUUCCCCUCGGUCUCUCCGCACUUCCCAAUAGUGUGUGCAAGCUUGAGCGUUCUCUCUAUGGUCUUAAGCAGGCCAGCAGCUCCACUACCUUCACUGACCUUUUGGUAUAUGUUGACGAUCUCGUUCUUGCUAGAAAUGACAUGAAAGAAAUUGAAAGAGUGAAAGCCCUCUUGGAUGCCAAGUUUAAAAUCAAGGACCUGGGGUUUCUCAAAUACUUUCUUGGGUUUAAAGUUGCAAGGAGUAGCCAAAGCAUCCUUCUCUACCAACAUAAAUAUGCAAUUGAUCUCUUAGAUAAGUUUGGCCUUUUGAAUGCCAAGCCCACCUCCACCCCGAUGAAUUACACUGCUCCCCUUUCAAAGUGUGCUGGUUCACCCUCGUUUGACUUGACUCCUUAUUGCAGGCUCAUAGGGAGGUUGCUUUACUUGAUGAAUACUCGUCCAGAUAUUAGCUUUGCUGUUAACAAGCUCAGCCAAUAUCUGGAUUGUGCCACGGACAUGUAUUUCAAGGUUGGGUUGCAUAUCUUGGAGUAUAUCAAAGGCGCUCCAGCAAGAGGAAUUUUGUUCUCCACUACCUCUGACUUAUGCCUGAUUGGCUAUUCUGAUUCUGAUUGGGGAAUCUGCCCCAGUACAAGGCGCUCGAAGAGUCGAAAACAGCUUACAGUGGCGCGUUCUUCUGCGGAUGCAGAAUAUCGCACAUUGGCACUGGCGACAUUCGAAGGGAGAUGGCUCACGUACAUUCUCAGAGAUUUGCAAGUCCCCUUAUGUAAGCCGAUUACCCUAUUCUGUGACAAUCAAUCCGCGAUUCACAUUGCUUCAAACCCAGUUUUCCAGGAGCAUACCAAGCAUAUCAAAAUCAACUGCCACACUGUUCAAAAUCGAGUAUACGAUGGUUCUUUGAAGCUGUUACCAGUCCCUUCCUCUGAACAAGUUGUCGAUAUUCUCACCAAGAGCUUGGCACCAGGGCCGUUUGCAAAGAUUCAUUGCAAGAUUGGAAUACAUGACAUUCAUGUUCCAAGCUUGAGGGAGGUAGAUAGAAGGAAUUCGAGCUCAUAA